ACGCCAGUUAGUGCGUUUAUUCGGUACGUUCGCUCGCCCGCUCACUUCAAUAUUUUGCUUCGCCAAGUUGCAAGUACAAGCACUAAGCAAGCUUCAAGCGCGUUGAUUUGUUGUUAUUACCCUACAAUCAGAACUAUUCUGCUUUGACUUAGCUGGCAGUGAGUGCAUUAUUAUUGAAAUAUCCGUUAUUAUUCUUUAAAAUGAGCAAAAUACGGUCUGGAGUGAAAUAACGGCGUGUGGCAAUUCAAUAUCGUCGUUUCUUUGGAGCGGUAUUGAGGACGGCACAAAACUGUAUAACUACUGUGUUAUAUUCCCAGUGAGAUGUUGGGGGCGAAUAUUAGUUAACAAGUUGGAUUUUUACGUCUGUUUGGACUUAUUGCGAAUGUGUAUUGAAACGUUCAUAGCUAUACACGGGCGCACUGCUAUGCGCCACGAUUUGGUUCAUUUUAUACGGCACACAUCUUCUGACCAUUACUGCGAAGGAGCCCUUUAGUUGCUGCCACUAAUCGCUGUUAAUGGCGAUAUUGAGCAUCAGAGGGGACUGGUAUUUGUAUUUUUGGCUCAUAUAUUGCAAAGUCUACUCCGCUAUUAUAUGGUUAGUCGGCAAUCACUGCCGUGGCGGUGAUAAGGGUCGAUCCGUGAUAAGCGCCAGUGUCGGCGGCCAGUCGCCUGGAGGCCUCCAUAGAGUGCGCACGCGUCGUCGGAAACCACAGAAUCACCGAGUGAAGCAUAUUGUCGCACUAGUGCGGAGACCUUCCUUGAGAAAGAUAGUGAUGGCACCAGGAGCUAGCACUGCUCACGCUAUGAUGGAGGACAAGGAGAAAGCACUUCAUGGCGCUCUUGCCAAUGUGUCGCUUCGUACAAGACGUGUAAGCCAAUUCGCACCGCUAUUGAUCGCGUUGGUGGGGCUGCCGGCCCGUGGCAAAAGCCAGCUGGCGCAUCGCCUGUCACGGCAUCUCAACUGGAAUGGAGAGAGUACUAAAGUGUUCGACUGCAGCGAAUACCGCCGUCGACACAUGGCCCUGUACGGCACGCACGACAUAUUCCGCGCCGACAACCAGCAAGGUUCCGCGAUCCGCCGCCAGAGCGCGCGUGAGGCGGUUCAAGACGCUGUGUUGUGGUUGAAGGAUGGGAAUAGUGUUGCUAUUUUCGACGGCACCAAUAUAACGAGGGAGCAACGCCGGGAGCUGAACGAGUACUGCCUCACGGAAAUGGGCUUCCGUAUUUUGUUCAUCGAGUGCGUGUGCGAAGACCAGGAGUUGCUCGAGAGAAACAUUAUUGAGAUACUGCAUUACUCAGCUGAUUACAAGACCAUGAGCGAGGAGGAAGCGGUCGAUGACCUGCGGAAGAAAUUGGAACAUUACAUGAGACAAUAUGAGCCCAUAGAUGCGACCGUGGAAAAUAUUAGCUUUGUUAGGGUUGAAAACAUGGGAGAGACCGUCACUGCGCAUAAAGUCGUCGGACAGAAGGAGUCUGGCAUUCUUGGCUAUCUGUCCGGGAUGCGCGCAUUACCACAGACCAUAUUCUUCACUCGGCACGGUGAAAGCGAAUACAACGUGCUCGGCCGUAUCGGCGGUGACGCGAACUUGUCCCCACGCGGGCAACGCUACGCGCACGCUUUGGCCGAAUACAUAAACGCCAUAGCCGGCCAUGAGCCGAUGGCGGUGUGGACUUCGGAACUGCGGCGCACUAAGCAGACCGCCGCCGAAAUUAUGGCGCCAAAACGAGCUGUCAGAGCGCUGAAUGAAUUGGACGCGGGCAUUUGCGAAGGGCUCACCUACGAGGAGAUGCAAGAGCGUUUCCCGCAAGAGUUCGCUUGGCGAGACCAGGACAAGCUGCGAUACAGAUACCCGUGGGGGGAAUCCUACAUCGACAUCAUGACUCGCUUGCGUCCAGUACUUUCUGCUUUGGAGGAUGAAGACAACGUCGUGGUGGUCGGACAUCAGGCGGUGUUGCGCUGUAUGCUUGGUUACUUCCUUGAUGCUAAACUUGACGAGCUGCCCUACAUGAAUGUGCCACUUCACACAAUCGUGAAGCUGUCUUCAUACGGAUACAAAUACAAAGUGGAAAUGAUCAAGCUCCCAAUAGAAUGUGUGGACACGCACCGCAAACAGCCCAAGAACUGCUCGAUAAACAGGACUUCAGCGGACGCGCUGCUGACGGUACCGUCUCACUACGACACCCUGCCGUCCAACCUAUGGCAGAACCCGGCGGAGGCGCAGCUUUAGGCCUCGUCCAGCGCGCGGCUCCGCCCGCGAUGUGAUACCGCUCCAGCAUUUAUUCGAGGCCCGCCUCUAAGUGCGACGCGCCCGCCGGGCUCGGCCCGUGGUUGUGAAAGGCCAUGUGCGAUGACGUCAUAGUCGAUCCAUGAACGUCGAGCGUUCAUGGUAUCGUUUCUAUGUCAUAAACUAUGUGAUUGAUUUCAAGUGAAGCUACGUUUAAAGACUGAUGAAUCAUUUGACAUUUCAUGUUUUUUUUUUUGGGUUUCUGUUUUAUGCCAGUCUGUGGUCUGUGUCUAUUUUAAGGUAAAUUAGCACUUAUUUUGUUUGGUUUUAAGUCGAUUUUUUAUUGGUUAAGUUAUCAUUUUUUAUUUUUCGAUGUAUUCACGUAAUUGAAAUAGUAAUAAAGUAUCGUGUGUGAAUUAUCAUAUCGUAGGGGAGUGGCGAGAUACGAAUCUAUAUAAAUAGAAUAAUGUAUUAUUAAGUAUUAGUUACGUCAUCACUAAUCACCCGAUCGCAUAUGUUAGUAAUAAUUUCUUUGAAUUUUUUCAUAAAUUGCGUAAGUUUACAGACUAUGCAGCGUUCAUUUAUUAUUAUUUAAUUCAUUUAGUAUGUAGUCAGACGUUAAGUAGCAUCACGUAAGAUGUCAAUUACAUUGUAAUUAGUAAGCGAUUUUUCGCAUUUCUGAUAACUGCCGGGAUCUUAUCAGCAAUGUAUGUUCUCGCGAAAUGUAUGUUUAAUGGAGUUUUAGAUGGAUUAGAAGUUUAUGACGAUGGAGUUUUAUGUUUACGUAAUGUUAAGUUUACUCCUAAAGUUAUAGCUCUCAACAGUCGUUAGAACUAUUGUGAAAUAGUACUACGUUUAUAUUGGAUGCCGGAUGGUCAAUUACUGGCAAUUAUUUCUUACAAUAGAAUGUACGUUUAAUUUUUAUAAUAAAAUAGUAUGAUGAAA